AUCAGCGCGUUUCUGAUACAUAAAGCUAUUUGCAUGAUUUGAUCGGCAUACCCGGGUUCGGAUCACGUAGGUACUUCCUGGAAGAUUUUGAAAAAAUGGCAUCUUUGACUGUAUCAAACACCACUUUCUCCUUCAAUUUGUUCAAGAAGAUCAGAGAGAACAAUAAGACAGGCAAUGUGUUCUAUUCUCCUCUGAGUAUCUCCUCAGCAUUGGCCAUGGUCUAUCUGGGUGCUGAGGGAAACACUGCAGCUCAGAUGUCUGAGGUGAGUUUACACAGCUUCUCUGUACUCAACGAUGAAGAAGACAUUCACAUGGGCUUCAGCAAGCUCUUCAGUGAGCUGAACAGAGAGGGACUCCCAUAUUCUCUGAGUCUGGCCAAUCGCCUGUAUGGAGAGCAGUCCUACAGAUUUGUUGAGAAAUUCCUUAACGACACCAAAAAAUAUUAUGGGGCUGAACUGGAUGCUGUGGACUUCAGAUCAAACCCAGAGGCUGUCCGUAAGAACAUAAACGACUGGGUGGAGAAACGGACGCAAGACAAAAUCAAGGACUUGCUGCCUGAAGGAAUUAUUGACCAUGAUACAAGACUCGUCUUGGUUAAUGCCAUUUACUUCAAGAGCUUCUGGGAGAAGACAUUUCUGGAACAUAACACUAGAGAAGUUCAGUUUAAACUGAAAAAGAAUGAGACAAAACCAGUGCAAAUGAUGUUUCAGACAGACCAGUUUAAUAUGGCCACUGUCCCUGAGGUCAACACUCAGAUUCUGGAACUUCCUUAUAAAGGAAAAGACCUUAGCAUGCUCAUCAUGCUCCCAAAUGAAAUAGCUGAUGACACCACUGGUCUUGAGAAGCUGGAGAAGGAACUUACCUAUGAGAACUUUGCUGAAUGGACAAGACCAGAUAAGAUGGAAACUGAGACAAUAGAGGUUGGCCUGCCCAGGUUCGGGAUGGAGGAGACCUAUGACCUGAAUGAUCUCCUGAUCAGCAUGGGCAUGGUGGAUGCCUUUGACCAGCGUAAGUGUAACUUCUCAGGAAUGUCACCCAACAAUGAUCUGGUGCUGUCCAAGGUGGUGCACAAGUCCUUUGUGGAGGUGAAUGAGGAGGGCACUGAGGCUGCUGCUGCGACGGGUGUUGUAAUGGAAGUGCGGUCCGCCAUAUUAUUCUCCAAGGUUUUCAAGGCAGAUCACCCUUUCCUCUUUUUCAUCCGACACAACCCCACUCAAAGCAUCCUUUUCUCUGGCCGCUACAGCUCUCCUUAA